ACUAGAGGAACGUUAAAAUAACGCAUUAAACGGCCCACUCAUUAAUGUCUGUGUGGUGGGCAACCACCUCAUGAAACCCUCCUACUUUGACAGAGUAAUACAACGUGACCGUGUCCAUGUCUCAAACCACCACAACUGCCCCCAUAACUCCAAAUUUAAAGGGAAAAAAAGUGAAAAAUAAAAACCAAAACGGAUUUUGUCCACUUUUUUGUUCUUUCGUCUCUUUUUAUUAUUUUUGGCUUCGAUUUGGUCUUUUCGAGCUGGUCUUGCCCAGCUCCUGAUUGGGUCCCCUUUGAACCUUCCGCCCAAGAACCUGGGAGAAAUAUAACUUUUCUGGGUUUUCCUUAGGUUUUUGAAGGGUUCGGCUUCUUGGUUUUGGUGGUGGUUGCUAUUUCUGGUUUCGAAGGCAAAGAAAGUUCUUUGAGUUUCUGUUUUUUUUUUUUUUUUUUGUGUGGUGUUACUGGAAAUGUGGAGGGGCCCCGGAGCUCCUGCUGAUUCUUUCUACCAGGUCCGCCCCGAGUGCACCGAUGUUCCCAAAACCCACUUCAGGAUCAAGGCCGGUAAAACUUUAAGUGUAAGAAGAUGGCAUGCUGCAUUUACUCCAGAAGGGUAUCUGGAUAUAGGCAAGACUCUAAGUCGAAUCCAUCGUGGGGGGAUCCAUCCAUCAAUUAGAGGAGAAGUAUGGGAGUUUCUACUUGGUUGUUAUGAUCCUGGGUGUACAUUUGAUGAACGAGAGCAGAUACGGCAACGCCGGAGGAUACAAUAUGCACGGUGGAAAAAAGAGUGUUGCCAAAUGUUUCCUGUUGUUGGAAGCGGUAGGUUUAUCACAGCACCUGUAAUCACUGAAGAUGGUCAGCCCAUUAAAGAUCCGUUGGUACUUUUAGAAACAGCCCCAGAAAAGGGACAGGCCAUAGCUACUCAAGAAAAUGCUGGAGCUGAUUUUAAAACAGAUAGUUUAAGGACAAACACAGCCAAUGGUAUGGAAACAGUGAAGGAUAAGAAAGUAGUCCAGUGGAUGCUAACUCUACAUCAAAUAGGUCUUGAUGUGGUUCGGACUGACCGGACAUUGGUAUUUUACGAGAAGCAAGAAAACUUAUCAAAACUCUGGGAUAUUCUUGCCGUUUAUGCCUGGAUAGAUACAGAUGUUGGCUAUUGUCAAGGAAUGAGUGACCUUUGCUCCCCCAUGAUAAUUCUUCUUGAAGAUGAAGCAGAUGCGUUUUGGUGCUUUGAACGGUUGAUGCGCAGAUUGCGAGGAAAUUUCAGAUGCACUGAUAGCUCUGUUGGGGUGGAGGCACAACUUAGUAAUUUGGCUGCAAUUACACAAGUACUAGAUCCAAAACUUCAUCAGCACUUAGAGACCCUAGGUGGAGGUGAUUAUCUAUUUGCUUUUCGGAUGCUCAUGGUUUUGUUCCGGAGAGAAUUCUCUUUUGGUGACUCAUUGUACCUUUGGGAGAUGAUGUGGGCUCUGGAAUACGACCCUGGCUUGUAUUUUAUGUAUGAAGAACCUAAGUCAGCUAGCGAAAAAGCGGAGGGAUCUAAAGGAAAAGCAAAGUCAAUACGUCACUGUGGAAAGUAUGAAAGGGAAAAUAUGAAAAACGGAGCUAGGAAUUCAGAAGGCCCUCUCCCUAUCUCUGUUUUCCUUGUUGCUAGUGUGUUGAGAGAUAAGAAGUCAAAGCUACUGCAAGAAGCUCGGGGCCUUGACGAUGUUGUCAAGAUAUUGAACGACAUAACAGGAAAUCUGGAUGCCAAAAAAGCUUGCACUGGGGCAAUGAAACUCCACAAGAAAUAUUUAAGAAAGGCCAAGAAGACAUAACCGUAGAGAAAGGACAUGAUUUUUCGGCCGAUCCAGAAAUAAAAGGGUGUUCCCUUCAUCCUGAUGGUUUGCUUUGGCAAGAGACAAUCGCGUACUUUGACGUGUAUAUUUCUCGGCUUCACAGAAUUGUACGAUGGCUUGAGCAGCAGAUCUUCCACUGAAAGUGAUUGUUGUAACUUAAAAUGAUUUUUCAUCAUUUAUACAUCCAAAACAUUUGUUUAAAGUUCUUAUACGAAUCUACUUUGUAAGCGCCUGUUGUUUGUAACAGGUUGCAAAAAUACAAAAGAAAGCUUAUGCACUAUUCAGAUUCAUAUCAAUGAAACAAUCUACUCUUUCGUUUUU